AUGGCAGUGAUUGGAAUGCCAAGCCUGUCAAUGAAGAAUGAUGCAAAGGAUGAACUGUUGCAGUUCUGGGCGCCCCAUUACAGGGACGAUGUGGCGGCUUUGGAGAGGGACAGUAAACAAGUGGAAAUAGUAACUAGGAAUGUUGACAAUUUCAACUGUUCUCAUCAUUACCUCAGCCUCCAUGUGUUGCCAGCCUCGUUCGCUGGGAGUGUGUGUGCACUGAGCGCUUCCCCCGCUGGCACCCCGGGCACCCCUCGACGCCUGAGCCUGGCGGAGUCGUUCACCAACCUGAGGGAGGGCACCACAACCACCAGCACCUCCCUGGGGCUGGUGCGUCUACUGAAGGAGAGGGGGAUCUCAGCUGCCGUCUACCAGAGCCUGGCCCCCGGCCUCCAGCUGCCCAAACCCCCCACGCUCCCCUCCACCCCUCCCAACUCCCCCCUGCUCCCCGCUCCCGGCCCCUGGCCCGAUGCCCGGGCCCCUUGCGGCCCCGACGAUCCCUUCCUGACCUCGCUGCCAGCCAGCUCGCUGCUGAAGGAGCUGAGGGGGGGGGACAAGACCACCAGGCAUGUGGACAGCCAGACGGAGGUCAGCAUGGCCAGGAUCGACCUGGUGGCCAAGGUGAAGCGGCUGGGCAUCGGCCGGGCGCUGCGGGACCGCACAGUGGACGAUGGCGACCGCCACACCGCGGCCACGCUGCUGAGAGACGGACAGUCGCCGGGUUACGGCCACAUCUCCCGCAGCCCCAUCGGUGGUCUCCAGCUCGGAGCCGGCAUCCGCAGGAACCGCAGCCUGCCCACCAUGGUGGGGCCCAGCAUGCAGAUGAGGGGACCCGUCUCCGAGCCCACCGGCAUCCUGAUGGGGGCUGCGUUACCUGGCCAUCCGGACCCGCAGUGAGCUGAAUGUACGAGGGGACACCACGCCAUCCUGCAGCCCUCAGCACAAAAUCACGGGCUGGCACGGUGGCGCAGCGGCAGAGACCCGGGUUCCAUCCUGACUACGGGCGAAUUCUGUGCCGAGUUUGUACGUUCUCCUUGUGACCUGCAUGGGUUUUCUCCGGGCGCUCCGGUUUCCUCCUGCACUCAUUAAGUUACAUGAACGGAAUUAGGCCAUUCGGCCCAUCGAGUCUACUCCGCCAUUCAAUCAUGGCUGAUCUAUCUCUCCCUCUCAACCCCAUUCUCCUGCCUUCUCCCCGUAACCCCUGACACCCGUACAAAUCAAAGAUGUGCAGGCUUGUAGGUUAAUGGGUGGAUGUAAAUUGUCCCAAGUUUAUGUAGGAUAGUGUUAGUGUGUGGGGAUCGCUGGUCGGUGUGGACUCGGUUGGCCAAUUGGCCCGUUUCCACGCUGUAUCUCUAAACUAGUGCACGGGGUGAUCGCUGGUCGGCGCGGACUCGGUGGGCCGAAGGGCCUGUUUCCAUGCUGUAUCUGUAAACCUUAAAGAAACAAAGCAGGCAGUGACAUAACUACUGAUGGCUUCUCUCUCGGUGUCCAAUACAUUGAAUUAGUGCCUGAUAGGAUUAGAACAAGCCUUGUAUGAUAAUGUACAUAGAAUACCGGCCCUAAACUCAGUGUAAGUGUACGGUCCUCUCCUAUACAUAUGUAUAUAUUAAGCAAGGAGUCGGAUGUGAAACACACUCACAUUGAAGUGGAUGUUUUGUGAAUCCUGGCCGGUUGGUUGGACUUUGCACUCUGUCUGCUCCACAAUCAGAAUGGGAGCGGCUUUCAUCAGGUCACCUGAUUGG